AUGUCGGUUAGAAAGUUGUUGAGAAAUGGUGAUGCUUACGCUAAUAUGUUUGUUUUAAAGUGGAUUUCGUGGGUGCCUUUAAAGUGUUUGAUUGUGGCUUGGCGCGCGGAGAUGAAUCGGUUGCCGACUAAGGUAGAAUUGGUGAAAAGAGGUGUUUAUAUUCCUAAUACGCUUUGUGUUUGGUGCGAUUAUCAUGAGGAGACAUCUAUGCAUGUCCUUGCCGAUUGCAUCAUAGCGAUCAGUGUUUGGGAGCGGAUUGGGAAAUGGUGUGGUUUGGAGCCGAUAUAUACGUUUGAAAUUAAAGAUUUGUUACAAGUGCACAAAAAAGUUUCGAGCGGCAAGAUGAAACGGAAAAUUGUGCAUUGUGUGAUGAUCGUGACGAUGUGGUCUCUUUGGAAAGCUAGAAAUGAUUCGACGUUUAAUGGGAAAAAAGUGGCUAUUGGGGAUAUAGUUUCGAGUGUGAAGUCCCUUUCGUAUAUGUGGCUAAAGAAUAGAUCUAAAUGUAACAAUAUAAGUUGGAAAGAUUGGUGUCUGUCCCCAUUGUAUAUGUUGUAG